GGUUUGAACACUGGACUGGAUUGUAAACCCGUUUGGAUGGUAAUACCCCGUUCACACGGCCUUCACGGCGGUGUGCCUGUGUUUGCCAUGCCAGGAGAAGCGCAAGGGGGACGGAGCUAGCUUUGAAGACGCGACGACGCGGGGCGGAUCGGGGGUUUGUGGAUCGCUGCCGGGCUAUUGGAGCUUCCAGCGCCUGGAUGAAUGGAGGUUCUAGCGGCCAGUUCUUAGGAUUACCAGGGAAAUAUCGGCGCCAGGGUAGCUAGGAGCCGUCGGCAAGGCCGGGAGAUUCCGUCCGAGCGAGCGGCGGUGGGGAAAUGAUGAGGAUGAUCCAAUCUUGAUCGGCGGCAUUCUCGUAUUCCGAGAAUCGAGGCGCUGCGCGCGUCUGGUUCCCGGCGCUGGCAUCACAUCGAAGGGUAUUGUGGAUAUUUCGGAGCUGCUAGUCUCGAUCCGGUUCGUGGCGCCCCAAAUUUCCUGGCGUCUUCCGCGCGGCCGAUGCAUGACGACGGUGUAGCGGCAUCGGGUGUCGACAAGAACGCUGCUGAUCACUAUUCCAGGUCUCGCGUUUUCAUGUGUACAGGAGGAUUGGACAGAAUUGAUGAGGAGAUAGAUCGCUCGCCGGUAUGCUCAGCAGGCGCUAUGAUCCACCGUUACCAGUAAAACAUCCUACUGGAACACCGCCAACGCGCAGAUCAAGAAGGUUAUGUAUUCUCCUCUACAGGAAGAAGACUCGCAGCUUGUGCUACCACCGCUUUGAGCAAGACCAAGAUCGCCGCAUCGAUGUCGCAGCCAGGAAUUGGCAUGGGAGGAGCAACGGGGCCGUUUGGAGACACCACUUACACCAAGGUCUUUGUGGGGGGAUUGGCAUGGGAGACCCAAAGGGAUGCCAUGCGCCGCUACUUUGAGCAGUUUGGAGAAAUCCUGGAGGCGGUCGUCAUCACGGACAAGAACACAGGGCGAUCAAAAGGAUAUGGCUUUGUGACCUUUCGUGAUCCCGAAGCGGCUCGGAGGGCCUGCGUUGAUCCGGCUCCCAUCAUCGAUGGUCGUCAAGCCAACUGCAAUCUGGCUUCGCUUGGUGCCCGUGCUCCUCGUCCGCCAUUUACAUAUCCAGGAGCUCGUUUCCGGCCUAUGAGGCCUGCUGCUUCUCCUCCACACCCCGGGACCCCCUCAUACCCUGUGGCUCCGUCAUUCCCCCAAUUCGGCCCCUACUACCAGCCGGGCUUUGGAUAUCCACAGCAGUAUGGGUAUCAUGUUCCAGACUAUGCUUAUCAGCAGGGACUGUAUCCUUUUGGUGGUCCUCAGUAUUCCACAUUUUAUACUGGACCUGGUACACCCACAGCUGUGUACUCGUACGGCGGGUUUGGGCCACCUUUGCCAUCUGGGCCAGGUUAUCCUCCACCACAGGGAUAUGGAAGCAUGCAAGGACCACAGUUCAUGCAAUAUGGUGGAACAGUACCGCUUCAGUCUCCCGUGCCUUCCACUGCGGUAUCACCUGGACAUUCCGGAGGAGGAACUGGAGCCUCUACUCCGUCUCCAAUGCAGCAGUUUUCUCUCCCUUCUCCUUCUCAGCCACAACCUCAAUUUUCACAGGCGGGAGUGAAACAACAACCGCACGGCUGGAGUGGGAGGUCGUCGUCACCAUGCUCAACUGCAUCCCCCCCGUAAUCCGAGAGUAAGCAUGAGUACUCACUUCUCAGGUUUUGGGGGCCAGGAUUCAUAUCGUCGGAAAACCAGCAAAAACAACAAAAAAAAAACAUAAAAACGAAAGAAAAACAGCAACAAAAAAAAAACAACGGUCGGUCACUAGAUUAGCUCGUAGAGGGGGGCGGGUGGUUAAAAUUCUUUUUCGUCUUCCUUUUUUUCUUUUUUUUCCUUUCGUCUAUAAUUCAUUUUGUCACUUAAUCGUUCUGAGGUCGGCGCAACCCGAAUUUUGCUUCUAUGUCGUCCUAAGAUGUGUGUCUAACUUUUGCCGUGUCUUUCUUUCUUACAGGUGAAGAGGUCUGCUGAAACUGAUGCUGAGUUUGAAUGGAACGCAUUCAUUUCACUUGGAUUGAAAUGCCAAAGUGUUUCAUAGCUACAGCUCCCGACGUGACAUUCUACUCGUCAAAGUAGUAAUCGUUCAAGCAUUUGGGACAACAACAGAAAUGAAAAUCAUUUGAUAUUGCGUCA